AUGGUUAUCACCAAUAGACUUAAGUAUGACACCCCGAUCCUGCACAUGGGCGGAGUCGACAUUGGUCUGUCUAACGAGAUCAAGCUGCUCGGCCUCCUAAUAGACCGAAAACUGACCUUUAACGGCCACGUGACGCAGGCAUGCGCAAAGGCCAUAGGCCUGUAUAAAGUGCUCGCGAGGUCGGCCAAGGUCCAGUGGGGAUUGGGACCCGAGGUGAUCAGGACGAUCUACACGGCGGCGGUGGAGCCCGUGAUCUUGUAUGCCGCAAGCGCAUGGGCUCCAUCAAGCCGAAAGCUAGGUGUCAGGAAGCAGCUCGGAGCCAUCCAGCGCAGUUUCGCGCAAAAGAUGACGAAGGCCUACAGGACUGUCUCUCUCAACUCGGCCCUACUGCUUGCCGGAGUGCUGCCCCUUGACAUCAGAGUGCGGGAAACCGCACUCCUAUAUGAGGUCAAGAGGGGGCACUCUAGCGAGGUAGUGGGUGACCGGGAGGUGGAGGCUCCUGUGGCCUUCGUCAACUUGGACCACCCGGCGGAGCGGAUGGGCGGGAGCUUCCAAUGCCUGACGGAUGGAGCGGAACUGGCUCGGCACGUCGGUGAGGGUCUUAGUAUCUUCACCGACGGAAGCAAGAUUGAUGGGAAAGUCGGAGCGGCGCUGUCCAUAUGGAACGGUGCCGCCGAGACGAGUACCAGAAAGUUGCGGCUCGAGCCAUACUGCUCUGUCUACCAGGCGGAACUUCUCGCCCUCCGCAAAGCCGUGGAGGAGGCGCUCCGUAGCGGGCUUCCUGCGUGCGGCAUCUUCAGCGACGCAAGGUCCGCUCUCGACGUCGUCACCAGAGAAGCCGAAAAACGCACCCAGAAAAUUAAGCUUUUCUGGGUGAAGGCACACGUGGGGUUGGAGGGAAACGAGAGGGCGGACGUACUCGCUAAGGACGCCGCACAACACCUGAAGACCCGUGCGCACUACGACAAAUGUCCGGUUUCAUUCGUCAAACGACAGAUCCGAAAGGACUCGAUUGACGAAUGGAGCCGGAGAUACGCGGACGGAGAGACGGCUUCGGUGACGAAGCUGUUCUUUCCGGACGCGGUCGAGGCGCACAGGGUCGUAAGGCGGAUCGUCCUGGACGCCACACUGACGCAGGUGUUCACGGGGCACGGCGGGUUCUCCGAGUACUUGCAUCGGUUCAAGUGCAAGGAGAGCCCGGCGUGCCAAUGUGACCCUGACGUUCGGGAGACGGUCCCACAUCUCCUGCUCGAGUGUCCCAUCUUCGCAGUCAAUAGAUAUGAGCUCGAGAUGCAAUUAAAACAAGCCUUAAAUAUAAGAUGA